UUCAGAAAAGGAAACCCGCCAUUUUCAAUAUUCGAAAAUUCUGAAAAUUGAAAUGACAGCAGAAUGGUAUUUGUUUAAAUUUUGCAGUGAGGGUGAUGCCAUCAAAGUGUUUGUAAGAAUCCGUCCUCCUGAUUCCUAUGACAAUGACAGAGGCUGUCAGCAGUGUGUGUCAGUGAAUGACACGAAGACAGCCGUCAUUAUUCACAGUAAACCAGAUCCCAAAACAUUCACAUUCGAUCAUGUUGUGGAUCACCAAGAUACACAGGAGUCUGUGUUUACCAUCAUGGGUAAGAAAAUAAUUGAGAGCUGCAUUGCAGGGUACAAUGGAACCAUAUUUGCAUAUGGUCAGACAGGCAGUGGGAAGACCUACAGCAUGAUAGGCCCAUCAGAUGAUGUAGAAAAUUUUCAACAUGUACACAGAGGAGUAACACCAAGGAGUUUUGAAUAUUUGUUCAACUUGAUCAGCGAGCAGCAGGAAAAUGGAGCAGAGUUCCUUUUGAAGUGCUCCUUCCUGGAGAUCUACAAUGAGCAGAUUUAUGAUCUCAUGGAGCCCUCUACAAUGACCCUUCACCUGCGGGAGAAUAUGAAGAAAGGUGUAUUUGUGGACAGGCUAACGGAGGUCUCGGUGACAUCAGCGUUAGAGGCUUAUGAGGUUUUGACUUCUGGAUGGAUCAACAGACGAGUGGCUUCCACUUCGAUGAACAGAGAGAGUUCCAGGAGUCAUGCUGUUUUCACCAUUCAGAUUGAAUCAAAGCAACCUCAAGGCAAAGGAGUGAAAAAUUUGAAGGAAUCUCAGCUGAAUUUGGUUGAUCUGGCUGGAAGUGAGAGGCAGAAAGAUACCAAUGCUGUUGGGCAACGGUUAAAGGAGGCCGGAAGCAUCAACAGAAGUUUGUCGAUUCUGGGAAAUGUUAUCAUGUCUCUGGUGGACAUUGCCCACGGUAAAUCUCGACACAUUCCGUACCGAGAUUCCAGACUCACAUUCCUACUCAGGGAUUCUCUAGGUGGUAAUGCUAAAACACACAUCAUUGCCUGUAUUCAUCCAGGCUCCAAAUCAUUUGGGGAAACACUUUCAACCCUACAUUUUGCAAGGAGAGCAAAACUUAUCAAAAACAAGGCUGUUGUGAAUGAGGACACUCAGGGUAACGUGCUUUCAUUACAACAAGAAAUCAAACGUCUGAAAGAACAACUUGCUGCUUUUGUGAGUGGUAACCAUGCUGUCCAGUCUGUCACAGCUCCUAGCUCUAUGACAGACUCGGAGUGGAAGGAGAGAUUUGUUAGGUGUAUGCUGUUUAAGGACAAAGCUGAUCAACAAAAUCAGAUUUUACAACAACGGAUAGAACAGCUUCAGGACUUGUGUAACAAGAUGGACAAGUGUCUACAGAGCAGUAAGAUGAUCGUGAAGUUCCGAGAUAACAACAUCUCCCGCCUAGAGAAGAUCGUGAAGGACAAACACGACGUCCAGCCGGUCUUACAGCAGACCAUUGAGGACUUGAGAGGAGAAAUAGACACCUUGAAAUAUCAAAUAGAGCACAACCCACAUGUGUCAAAGUAUGUAGCAGACAUUCAGCACCUGAAAAAUGAGCUAAAACAACUCCGAUCUCAGAGAACCGACUCGCAUGAAGUCGACAACAGGAAGAUGGAGCAGUUAGAGCAGUUGUACAAACAGCUGGUGGAGGAACAAAAAGGAGAAGGUAAUAUUGGAACUCCGAAGCACACUCCAUCAGCUGCAGAAAACGUAUCCAAGGCAACAGUUGAAAAGUACAAGUCGCAAUUGGAGAAAUUGACGGAGGAAAAUGAGGAGUUAAAAGAAAAGAUGAAACAGACCCAAGAUGUAUGGGAAAAGAAAGACAUGGAGCAGCAGUCGGAACUCGCCUCCGUGAGGAAGGCUUACGCUGAUCUCAAGUUUGUCCUCGAAUCAUAUCAGAUCCGAACUCAAGUGGAGCACGAUGUCAUAAAGGAGAGACAUCUACAAGUUGUCAAGACAAUUACUACACCUAAAAAAGUGGUGAAGAAGUUGAGGAACAGAGAAAUAUGUGCCCCCUACUCCAACAGCAGUACCCCCAUCCUGAAUGACACCAUUCCAUUUGAGGAGAAUGAAGGAAUAUUUGAGCAGUGUGAGCCAGAGGUUAUGACUGAGGAGCACCAUGCAGGGCUGAUUGAAGAGAUCAAGCAACUUCAGGAUCAGAACAGCUCUUUGAAUCAGCGUAUUGUGGACAUGGAAACGGAAACUGUACAGCUACGUCAACAUAUUUCUAAAGUGGAUCACCAGAAUGCCAAACUCACAGAGAUCCUGGAAAGAGAGAGGUCUUCUGUAAGUGAAACCACAGAGAAACUGAAUAAACUCUCCAAAAAACUCAGUCAAGAAUUGGAAGAGGAAAACAUUAAAUCUCUGACCUUUGAAAGUGAAAAUAAGGAUCUAAAAAUAAUUCUUCAACAAACUGAGAAGGAAUUGGAAGAUUACAAGACGAUGUACAAGUCUCAGGAAAAUACUCUCCGGAGUCAGGUGGGAGAGUUCAAAGAUAAGCUUGGAGCUCUUGGUCUGGAAACUGAAAAAAUACAGAAAAUAAAUGAAGAGAUUGUGGAAGAAAAACAGAACUUGCAGGAAACUCUAGCAACAGUGCAGGAGACAUUGGAUUACAGGGAGUGUCAGAUCCAGGAAUUAGAGGUUGCCAUAGCUGAUCUCCAGAAACAGAAACAAGAUAUCCAGGUCCAAAUGCAGGAAAAUCUUAAUCAAUCUGACAUCAAUUUGAAAGACAAGAAUAAGCUGUUUAAUGAGCUUGAGACUACAAAACACGAGAUGAUCUCAUUGAAAGAGGCUGUGGGAAAGAAAGAUGAAGAUCUUAAUGCUGUUACUGCAGAAAUUCAACGGUUGGAAAAAAUAAAUGCUGAGAACCAGGAAGCAUUGUCAACCUUCAUGAAAAAAAUUGAAGACAAGAACAUGGAAAUUGCUAGCAUGAAAUAUUCAUUAGAUAUGCAAGUGCAGAAAGAUGAGGAACUUCAAGGUUGUGUAGAUGAAAAAGAAGGCAGAAUCUGUGAGCUUGAGAUUCGGAACAGUUUACUGGUGAAAGAAAGUGAUAGUAAAGCUGACAAGAUUUCAUCACUGCAAGAAGAGCUAGACCAAGCUCUGGAGAACCUACAUAGUUUUACAUUAGAGCAUGAAAAGAUUGAAAAAGAAGUGGUUGCUUUGAAAAACUUACUAGAGGCAAAAGAUAAGGAGUUGACAUCACUGCAUGGAGAGAAUUCAAACCUUGCUUUAGAGCUUUCUUCUACCAAGACAGAACAAUGCAAAGAAGUCAUUGCUCAGCAAGCCUGUGUGAUUGAGGAAUACAAAGAACAACUGAAUCUAUUGAAGAACUCUGAAAUGUCCGUUCACCAGGUGUCAGAGGAAAUGGACAGAGUAAUGAGACAUAGUCCACUGGCACACAGACUGAUAUGUAGAGAGAAGAGAGUGCAUGAUGCUGACAGGGAAAAUCUGUCACCUUGGAAAAAAUUUGUGUCUCCCGUAAUGAGAUUAACAACAGGCAGUGAACAGAGCAAAUGUAAACUCUUCUCCUCGAACAGUGCAGAGAACAGAGUGUCAUCUCCCAAUAGAAAACCUGUUCUGUCGGAGAUCUUGUGUAACAGGAGUGAUAGGGUGUCAGAAGAUUUAACAGAUGACAGUCAGAUGGAUUUGGACCAGGCCUUUGUUAAAACCGACAGUAUGCAGGCAUAUGUCUACAAGUCCCCACAGGGAGAAUCAAAUGCUGUAUGAUGCUACAUCUUUGAAAGAAAGAAAAUUGUUUUCAAGAAAUAUAUGCAAUGGUACUACAAGUACAUGCAUAUGUCUACAAGUCCCCACAGGGAGAAUCAAAUGCUGUAUGAUGCUACAUCUUUGAAAGAAAGAAAAUCGUUUUCAAGAAAUAUAUGCAAUGGUACUACAAGUACAUGUAUAUUGCUGAGAGAUUUUAUAUUAAUACUGUAAAGGGGAAAAUAUUUGUAUAGGUUUUAUUUUUGCAAUGUUCGCGAUCACAUAUAAAAAAGAUCGCAAAAAUAAAACCAUUGUGAAGUACAUGGGCUUAGGACUUCAUCGAAAUGUAAUGAUUCUACCUCAGUUUAUUUACAGUACUAUAUACUGACAAUCUAAAAGAUAUUUGCUGAACUUUAUUGUAUAGAUGUACAUUGUAAGACAGAGGUAUGGACGAAGUAAUCUUUAUUAUGUACAUGUAGAUUCACUAUGCAUUAUAAUUUAUUUCAUCCUAUCAUUUUCCAAACAUGAAACUGCAUUAGGUACAUACAGAGUCGCUUUCAAUCUAUUAGCAGUCGGUACAUGCACAUCUCUAAUUACACGCCUCAGUGUGCACGAAUUUAAACUGUUGUGAUCGGUUUGUUUUGAUAGACAUUCUUUAUCUGUGAUUCACAAGAAAACACAUUAAUUUAUUUAAUAGCUUAAGGGAAAACUCAUGUCAUCAUAAAUGGUGAACACUUAAAUUGGAAGGUUAAUAAAUACAAAUGUACUACAAUUUAUACAAUUAUUAUACGGGAGGUAAUGUUUGUUAGCGUGAAACAGAGACGAAACUCAAUGUAUUCAAUGGGGUUUGUCCAAGAAAUUGAAACCAUCAAGAAAUAUUUAAUUAUAAAAAUUGCAAAUUUUUGGCUCUGUGAAAUUAAAGCCCUUUGCAGUAUUUCUAUCAAUUUUAUCUUCCAAUGUUAUAUAGACAAUGUAGGAAAUGCAUGUACUGCGCAUUGUACAAGAAUUGUUGUUUUAAGAGAAUAUUCUGUUUCAUCAGACACAGUGGUUGGUUGAGGGAUCGCUAAAACUUCUAUAGAAGUCCUGUUAUAUACAUAUAUCCAAUAUGUACAUUUACAUGUAUGUAUACAUCUGUAAAUGAUAGAAUAAACAUAUAGAAAUAUUAA